UUUGACUUCGAUUGCGAUCUUUAGCUGGAUCUCUUUCGCUGGCGUUCUGGCGUCACCGGGCGGAACCAACAGUAGGGAAGACGAAGUAAAGAAUGUCUUCUUUAAAUUAUAUGGAACUUUGCCGUCUUUGCCUAGUAAAAGAACGAGUGUCGAUUCCAAUUUUUGAAGGAGAAGGAGAUGUGCGCCAGAUAUAUCUUAAAAUAGCGUCAUGCCUCCCAGUAAAGGUUGCAAGGGAUGACAAACUCCCAAAGAAGAUCUGUGAUGACUGUAUGUAUAAAUUAGACAAUGCAUACCAGUUUUGGAAUAUAACUGCUAAUGCAGAAAAGCAGUUAUUGCAAUGGCUUGGUGAAAUUACCAGUGAUGACAAGAAGAGUGUCCCUAGCAACACAAUAGAAACUGAGCAGUUGGUGUUGAAAGAGGAGGCAGUAGAACAAGAUCAAGGAUCAGAAUUGGCCAAGAGUCUUAGUCGAGUAGAGGCUGUGUUGGCUGAUGAUGAUAGAGGGGGAAGUGAGGAUGAGGAAGAGUCAGAGAGUGAGGAUGAAGGUUCAAACAGUGAGGACAGUGGUGAUGAUGAUGAUGACGAUGGUGGUGGUGGUGAGGCCCCUAGUAAGGAAGAAGCUGAGUCAGAUGAAGAGCCAUAUGAACCUUUGGAACCAACAACGUUUGUUAAUGUGUCUCUGGCGGGAAGUGAUGAAGCUGGACCUUCAGGAAUACAACAGCAGCAACAACAACAGCAACAAAGUCAGCAGCAAAGCCAGUCAUCACAGCUUGUUCAGCAGUCAUCACAAUCACAGUUCCUCACUCCGGGAGCACCGUCCACAAGUACAGCUGCUGCACCUGCUUCAGCCAGUGGGUCUGCAAGUUUUGGAAAAUCUGGAGGCAAGAAAAUCAAAACCAAGGACAAGAUCAUCCUCAAAGCUAAGAGCCAGAAAAUGUCUGCUAGAUAUCUGAGAAGUAAUCAGAACAUGAUAAGGUGUGAAGAAUGUGGACAGAGUUUCCAUAAGUGGGAGCUAGUCUGUCAUAGACAGACUCACAAAUCACUGUCCUGCACAUUCUGUAACAAGACUUUCUCACUUAAAAGCAAACUCAUAUCACAUAUGAGAAUUCACAGAACUGUAAAGGAAUUCAAAUGUGCCUGUGGUGUGGUGUUCCAUUCAAGCUCAGAGUUGAAGCGACACAUGAAGAGCCAUGUUCCUCCAAAAGAAUACAAGUGUGAGGCUUGUGAUAAAAUGUUUUUCUCAAAUCAGCACUUGCAAAAUCAUGUAAAGACCCAUGCCAAAGAGCGUCCAUACGUGUGUGAUAUUUGUCACAAAACUUAUAAACGUAAAUAUGAGCUCACAGGGCAUAAGAAGAUUGUUCACACUGCAGAGAGCAGACAUGAAUGUGAUAUCUGUGGGUUUUCAACAUUAUACAAAGCCAAUCUGGAGGUACAUCACAAGAGACACCUUAAUGAAUUUAGGUUUUGGUGUGAUAUCUGUAAGAAGGGAUUUUACACAAAUUCAGAGCUGCAGGGACAUAAGAAUUUUCACACAAAUCAAAAGCCUCAUCAGUGUGACAUAUGUGGCAAGGCAUUCCUCUACAAGUCAAACCUGUGGAAGCACCAGAAAAGUAACCACCCAGGAAAGGAUUCAAAACAUUAUCAAUGCAGUGUCUGUGGUAAAAACUUCCCUUUUAAGAGCUCGUUGACAUCACACAUGAACACUCACACAAGGGAGCUGAAAUUCAUUUGUGAUGUGUGUGGGAAAGCCCUCUCAAGCAGCAUGUCACUCAAGGCCCACAAACGGCUGCACACAGGUGAGAAACCAUGUGUCUGCACCAUUUGUGGGAAGGCAUUCACCAAGAGCUUCACUCUCAAAGUGCAUCAGCUCACCCAUACAGGGCAGAAGCCCCAUGCUUGUGACAUCUGUGGCAAGUCAUUUACACAGCGCUCCACUUUGGUUGUGCACAAACGCUAUCACACAGGGCAGAGACCCUACCAGUGUCAAGUGUGCAGCAAAGGCUUUGUAUCCAAGACAUUGCUCAACACUCAUCAAAGGAGUCAUGAUCAGGCAUGCUUUUUCCACCUGCUUGUCCAGUUAUUGAAAAAGAGAGGGCAAACCUAUGCUGGAACAUUGAGGAGCAACAGGAUUGAAAUUCUAUUAGAGAUCUUGGCACACAGGUCUGCAAGUCAGAGUCUUGGUGAGAGCACAAGGGGCUCCAAGGAAAAAAGUGUCUUGAAAACUAAAGCACCUUCCAAAGCCAGCAGUGAACCUGUCCAUAGAAGCAAGAAGUUCAGGGACUGUGGAAAAAUGUCCAGCAAACAACAAAUCAUUACCCACAAGAACAGUUGUGAGACAUUAGGUGCCAUCAUUUGUUCAACAUGUGGCAAGACAUACAAGAGCAAAGCAAAACUAGACCUACAUAUAAAGACACAUGUAUCUCCAAAGGUAUUCAACUGUGCUUCUUGUGAAAAAGUAUUUGUAACAAACAAACAACUUACAAGUCACAUGAAAACACAUACUAAAGAACGCCCAUACAUGUGUGAGAUUUGUAACAAAUCAUACAAACGGAAAUAUGAACUCACAGGUCACAAGAAAGUGCACACUGGUACAAAGAACCAUGUUUGUGACAUUUGUGGCUAUGCUACUAUGUACAAAGCUUACUUAGAAAUUCACCAGAGGAGACAUUUCAGUGAGUUCCGUUUCAAGUGUCACUUAUGUGGUAAAGGUUUUUACACUAAUUUUGAACUGCAAGCACAUAGCAAUGUUCACACUGGUGAGAAACCCCACCAAUGUGACAUAUGUGGCAAAGCAUUUCUGUAUAAGGCCAAUCUGCUCACACAUCAGCGGACAAAUCACCCAGACAUGCAGAAGGAUGCCAAACGCUUCCAGUGUGAGACGUGUGGGAAAAACUUCCCAUACAAAAAGAACCUCCUGUCACAUCUCGGUUCCCACACAGGCGAAACUCAGUUCUUGUGUGAUGUUUGUGGAAAAUCACUGACCAACAGCCGUUCGCUCAAACUCCACAGACGACUACACACCGGUGAGAAACCUUGUAUCUGCACUGUGUGUGGGAAGGCAUUUACCAAGAGUUUCACUCUAAAAGUGCACCAGCUCACCCAUACAGGUCAGAAACCCCACUCAUGUGACAUUUGUGGGAAGUCAUUCACACAGCGCUCUACUCUUGUUGUGCAUAAACGCUAUCAUACAGGGCAGAGACCUUACCAUUGUCAAAUCUGCAACAAAGGGUUUGUGUCCAAGACGUUGCUGAACACUCAUCAAAGGAGUCAUGAUAAGAGCUACUUCUUUUCUCUGUGAUGUGGUGUUAUUCUCCAAGCAUAGUUUUUUCAUUAAUUUACAUUAAUAUAUUUGUUGCUAGGUAUUCACCUGGCUUUCUGAUCUUUGACCAGUCAUAUUUUAUUAUACUGUUAACUUCAGUUCUUUAUCCAAAUGUCUUGUAACUAAGCAACCAGCUCCUCUGGAAUUGUGGAGCAUGAGAGUUUGUUACUCCUGCAACAAAUUCUAAACAUUAGACAAUAAAGUUAUUCUACUAAGUUUAAUUUUUAUCAUCAA